AUGGACCCCUCACACCUCAACGGCACCAGCUCCAACGGAGUAAAGCAGCAGCAGCAGCAGCAGCAGCAACAGCCCCUGUCCAACUCCAACUCCAACUCCAACGGCCACGCCCUGUCCUCCGCACCCACCGUCCCAUUCAUCCCCCUCUCCCUCGACAGCGCCAACAUCGAGCCCACCGCGCUCGAGAUCAUCUUCCACCUGCGGCCCGCCUGGCGCCCGCCCUGCACCGCCGCCGCCGCCGCCAAUGGCGACUCCAACGGCCAGCAGCAGCAGGAGCAGCAGCAGGAGCACGAGCACCACAUCCACUUCGUGCGCUUCACCGAGGGCAUCACAAACACCCUCGUCAAGGCCGUCCGCCGCCUGCCGGGCGUGCCCCGCGACGAGGCCGACCGCGACGCCAUCCUGCUGCGCGCCUACGGCAACGGCACCGACGUCAUCAUCGACCGCCAGCGCGAGACGCAGAACCACGAGCUGCUCAUGCGCCACGGCCUCGCGCCCGAGCUGCUCGCCCGCUUCCGCAACGGCAUGGCCUACCGCUUCAUCCCCGGCGCCGUCGCCCGGCCCGAGGACCUGCGCCGCCCGGAGCUCUCCGUCGCCAUCGCCCGCCGCCUCGCGCAGUGGCACGCCACCGUGCCCUGCAUCGCGGGCGUCACGCACGUCGGCGCCGCCAUGGCCGGCGGCUUGGACGCGGACGCCGGCCGCCGCCUCGAGCGGAGGAUCGACGGCGCCGCGCCGGGCAAGAGGGCGCCCAACCUCUGGACCGUCCUGCAGAAGUGGAUCCUGGCGCUGCCGACCAAGACGGAGGCGCAGAGGGCGAGGCAGGCGGACCUGCAGACGGAGCUGGAGAGGCUGGUGGGCGAGCUCAGCCAGAGGCGCGGCCUGGGCGAGGACGGCCUCGUCUUCGCGCACACCGACCUGCUCAGCGCCAACGUCAUCGUCCUGCCCCCGAGCUCGCCGGAGGGGACCGGCGGCGCGUCGCCGGCAGCAGCGGCGCCACAGCCCGUGGUGACCUUCAUCGACUACGAGUACGCCGUGCCCUCGCCCGCGGCGUUCGACAUCGCGAACCACUUCGCCGAGUGGGGCGGCUUCGACUGCGACAUGUCGGUCCUGCCCACCGUCGCCCAGCGCCGGCGCUUCGUGAGCGAGUACGUGCGCGCCUACGCCGGCUACCGCCGCCGGCGGUCCGGGGAGGAGGAGAUGGUCGUCGUGGAUGACGACGUCGACGAGGUGGAGGCCGAGACGGCCCGCCUGCUGGCCGAGGUGGACGUCUUCCGCGGCAUCCCGGGCUUCUACUGGGGCAUCUGGGCGCUGAUCCAGGCCACCAUCUCGCGCAUCGACUUUGACUACGCGUCGUACGCCGAGCAGCGGCUCGGGGAGUACUGGGCCUGGCGGGCCGAGGAGGACGGCAGCCGGGCCGAGAGCGGCGCGGAGAUGCCCCUCCGGGAGAGGCGGUGGGCGCAGCUCGAGUAA